AAAAUUUAAAUUAAGCUUCAUAAGCAUUGAAAUUCAAUUGUGCGAUCAUUGAUAACUUCAGCAUUGAAGAUAUUUUGGUUAAGCGCUGAAAUUUGACCACUAGACCAUUCAGGUGUCGUUUGCGUAUUAUGCUCGGCGACGCUUGCGCCGCCAACAGUCGGAAACUUACGUUCAAACGCGUCACACGUUUUAAGCGGACGAAUCAUCUUUUUAGGAGUAACAUAAGUAAAGUGUGGUAUUUUUGAAUUGAUGAAAUCAAAGCUUUGUAGCACGUUAAAAGGCAAUGAGUUUGAUUUUUAAGUGCUUGGUUGCAAGUUGUGCGGCCAAUUAGAGAAUACAUUGUUCAAGUUAAAUAAAUAAAAGAUUUCGAAUGCAGUUGUGAUUUUUUUGCAUUUCAAAUUAAAAACGAAUAACUCUUUAUAGCAAACCACAAAAGCAAACUAUUGAAUAAUUGAGGAACAAUUUAAAAAGCAAGCAAUUUUUACGGCAUACCCAUAAACACCAACAACAAUAACAGCAAUAACAUAGUACAACAAAUUUUGAAAAGCUUUAAUUUGGUGAGUGCACAUCACGUUCGGUUGUGUGCAUCUGGUGCUUUGUGUCAAAGGUCAGAAACUCAUAUGAAAAUGUCGCGAAAGGCAACGAGAUUCGUCAACUCUACUGCCAGCAUCAAGCUGCCACCAAGCUCGAAGGCUAGCAGAACUGCAUAUGCUUCUCCUGGGACACUGAUGACGCUGCUGCUCUUGUCCGCUAUUUUGAUUUGCGGCUCCAGCUUUGGUCUUGUCGAGGGCCUCAAGUGCUACAUGUGCGGGCAGUACAACGAAGGUGUGGGCUCUAUAACGCCAUGCACAAACUAUUCCAAGGAAAUCGAGCAUCUCUAUCUGAAAGAGUGCACCAAGAAGAGCGAGAAAUACUGUGUGAAAUAUGUCAGCGAAUUGUCAAUUGUGCGAGAUUGCGCCACCGAGUGUGCAGAGAAGGACAUUUGGGAAACUCAAACCUACUGCUGCAAGGAAGAUGGCUGCAACUCCGGCGGCACUUUGGAGUACUCCAUUGUUUUAUUAACCUUGCCUAUUUUAAGUUAUAUAGCCUGGUGAAUUAGAAGCUGCUGUCCGCGUUUAUCUAGUUACUCAUCAUACUUACGUUUGAGCUCAUGCACCAAUUGUAGCUUUUUAUUAUAAUUUACAAGAGUUUUUAACGUUAUUAACAAUGGGACCUAACCUAAACACAAAGUACUUUGCAACAAAAUUGUGCCAAAAAAUUGUGGUACUGUAAAUUUGUUAUCAAAACUCAUGCGUUUAGUUGAUCACCUUAACUGUCUUCCCAGCAAAAACAAAAUAAAUAAAAUAAUGAUAACAAAUUAAUGUUGGAUAUAUAAACAUUCAUCAGAAAUAUAAGCUGUGGUAAAAGCUCUGCCAAAAAUUAAUGUGAAUUGAUAAUUGAAUGUUACAGAUAAGCUAAAAAUAUCCAAAACGUAUUUAGAAAUGAUUCAUUGUGAAAAUAAUUGUAAAGCUCAAAUAUUAAUUCAAUUACCCUCAGAUUAAAACGCAUAGAACAAUUGUAAAUGUUUUGUGUAAGACUCUGGCUACUUUCGCAAGUAGAUAAACUAUUAAAUCACGAUAAAUAGCUAAACAAAAAAAAAAGAAAAGAUUUAUUAAGAUGGUUCACAGAACGCUGUGUAGAAAUUAAUUUGAUUAGUAGCUGAUGUUCAAUGAUGCAAAAUAAAAAUACGGGCAACUUCAAAUGUACGCAACGUUCAUCAGCCAUAGCCAGAAUAUUUUCUCAAGUUAUAGACCGAGAGUUACGCUUAAUAUUUCUAACAAACAGUUGUUUUAUUUAAAAUGUUAACAACACCUUUUUGUAGCUGUAUAUUACACAAAAAUCAAAGUCACAGUAAGUAUAAUUUUGGGGUCUGUGAUUUUGUUUUUUGCUCAUGUAAUAUUUAUAUUUGUAUCUGUUACUUCUGUUUUCUAGAACAAGCUAAGCAAAAGUUUGUUUGUUACUCUAACUUUAGCUUAGCUUUUAAUAAACGAUUCACUAAAUAUAUAUACUAUACAAAAUUAUUAAUGGCAUUAUAACAGAAUAAAAGCUCAUAUGUAAUUUUAAGGUGGUGCGAAUUAAUUAAUAACAAAUACAAUUAAUUCUAAGGCAACUCUGCAUAGUUUUCACUUAACUGUACAUGAAAAUUUUAAAUUAUAAUUAAAUUUAACACUAGUUUUAUUCCAAGAAUGAAUACAAUUAGUCAGGUACAGCAAUUCGGCAUGUAUUUACAUACAUAUAUACAAUUAUAUUCAAUAGUUAACAGCCCAAGCAUAAAUACUAUGGAAACAAAAGCGAGUUUUUUAGCUACAUUUAUUGCAAAACUUUAGUAGUAUAUCGAACGUUUUAGUAAUGCAAAAUGUAAAAAUUAUACAGCUCUAACUAACUAAUAGCGCACUUAAUGCAUUUCCAUUUUUUAUUUAU